AGUUACGAUACUCAAUGUUCAGUUUGCGGGGAGCGCUCAGGGAGUGCGCACUAUUCGUCCCGUAUUUAGCCAUAGGUGUACGAUCACGUGGCAAAUACGUAGGGCAUCAAAUAACUGAAGUGUCGAAGCAAAACUUUGAAAAAGUUUUUUUUUUUAAGUCCAGACACCUGAGUGCACCUGACAAAAAAACCCCCCCAGAUAUCGAAAACAAAUAGUCCAAAAUUCUCCAGAAAGUAUUUUCUGGUUUUGGGCAAAUUUUUUGAUUUUUGGUAAAUCCUUAAGGUUGUUCAGAGUCUUGUUGAUUUUGAGGUUAAGUGGCCUGUGUUUGGUGUUUUGGUUAAUAGAAAAAAAACAACGAUAAUUUAGAUGUGCGCGUAUCCGUGAUGGAAAAUCCGAGCGGCGGUAGGGACAGUCGGUACACGGCACUUGGAUACAACAUGGGUAUGAUGGGUAGUGAUGCUGGUGAGAUGUAUGGACGACCGUCUACAUCACAGCUGGGUGGCUCGCAGAUUGGCCGUGGUGGCGCCACCAUGAUGAGCCCACCUGGUAAUACAGGGGGUAGUGGUACCGGUGUUGGAGUGCCAAGAGGGUUGAAGAGAUCGUCAUCCGAUGUUUGUUAUGAUGAUAAUGGAAGACAAUUGGGACAGGGACAAAUGAUGCAGGGGGAUUGUGUGCCGGAUAAUAUUGACGAGUCAUUUACUAAUUUGGGAGCACCAAAAAAAUCACCACCGAGCAAUGGGAAGAAGACCAAAGGCAGGGUGAAGAUUAAGAUGGAGUAUAUUGACAACAAGUUGAGGAGGUACACAACAUUUUCGAAGAGGAAAACUGGAAUUAUGAAGAAGGCGUACGAGUUGUCAACCCUAACAGGUACACAAGUGAUGCUCCUGGUAGCCAGUGAAACGGGUCAUGUGUAUACAUUUGCGACCCGCAAACUCCAGCCAAUGAUAACGAGUGAGGCAGGCAAGGCUCUCAUUCAAACCUGUCUCAACAGUCCAGAUCCACCGCCUUCCGGUUCAUCCGGUGAUCAACGAAUGUCAGCAACAGGUUUCGAAGAGACGGAGUUGACAUACAACAUCGCCGACGAUGAGCAGAAAGAAGAGGGAGCGUCGCCGAGGUCCGACAUCUGCGGGAAUGACUCGGAGGGUGACUCGAGUGAUGGGGAUAGCCCACCUAAGGAUACAAAAAAUCAUACAGGAAUCAUGUACCAGAUGCCCCAGAGUGUCAUGUACUCUCAUAGCCCUGGUGUACUCCUGAGUAUCGGACAAAACGGCCAACCAGUACAAAUAUCCCAAGACGGAAAUUCGACUAGUGUAACUCCAGGACAAUCCCAGCCCUUCAUCACGAUUCCCCUCAACGUAGCCAUGAGUGCCGCUGGUCUGUCUUUACCGGUAUCAAAGGGCCUGACGACUCAAUGCUCGAUAGGAGCUAGUGCCAACUCAGACAUGCCGUCUGACCUCAGUAAAGACAGGAAAUGAUGACUUCUGUGUCAUAUCACGACGGUUCUAAGAAUAAUUCGAGUCACCACGCGCGGUAAAAAACUUAGGAAAACCCAGCGAACUCGAUAGAAAAUUCCAGUAAUGAUCGAUUCUAUUGAUGAGUUACAAUUGUUUCCAUAAUUAUUUUUCGAUGGAAUUUUUUCGGUUUUUUACUGUAUUUCUGUCUUUCUUUUACAAAAAAAUUAAAAUUUUCGAGUUGAAAAAUUUCCAUGGAGGCCAGCGAUAUAGGAUAAAUCAAUCCGAAAGUUCAUUUCUAUUUAUGGUCUUUGUAAAAGAUAAAAGAUUUAUAGAAUCAAAUAAUAAUUAAUGGAAUUUUUUAAAAAGUCAGUAGAGUUGCCUAGAAAAUUUUGUUGUUCGUGAUGGGGUCUUGCAAUAUUAGUUCUCCUAAUUAUAAACGAAACAUUCUAAAUGGAGACUCAAUUUUUAUAAAUGUUGAUCAAUUUGGAAAAGUAUUGGGACAAUUAAUACUCAUUUAGAAUAAAAAUGUUGAGAUUUCAUCCCCAAAACUCAUUUUAAAAAAAUAGCUCAAUUGCGGGAGAAAUCAUUAUAAAUCAAUGAAUGCAUAUGUUCUUCAGUUCAUCAAAAAAAAUGGAACAAAUAUUAAAGCUCACGUUUUUUCACUUCUCCACAGAAUUAAACCGACCAACGUGAGUAAUUGAAAAAAAAGGCCUUGAAAUUUUUUAUUUUCAAUCCUUGAAAUAUUUCUUAGAGCAAAAAGCACGUUUUGUACAUAGAACUCAUGUGCAUAUAGAUUAGCUAAUCUACGAUGAAUCAGUGACACUAAAAUUAGUGAAUUAUUGUACAACUAAUGAUAUUAGGAUUAAUACUGACAUUGUACAUUGUGUACAGUACAUUAACAGACAUAUAUAUUUUAUACAUAAAACCCUCCUUCAAUGGGAAGGUUUAACUCUUUUUUGUAUGAAUAAUGAAGAUUAUUACGUUUGUAAAGAGAAUCUAAUAAUGAUUUUUGUUUUGCCAGGUUGAAUGUUUGUAUAACAUGUUGAUGAAUGGAGUUCUGUUGUGGCUUAAUUAUUUUUUUAUUCAUGGAUAUCUUGAUAAUAAAGCAGAUUCAAUGAUUAUUUUUCUA